AUGGCAGCGAUCAGGCACCAUCCAGACAAAUCGGCUGUUGAUGAAGCCAUUGCUCUCGACAUUAAAGAUUGCCUCGAUCAGCAUAACGCCCUGGUCAAGAAAUACCGUAUGGCAUCGGAGAUCCUUCGCAAAGACAACACUGUCGAUGUUCGGAUACGGCUCCUCAAAGAAUCAAACGAUAGGAGCAGAAAUUAUGAGCUGCCCAUGGCGUCGGAGGUAGCCGCGUUGAUAGUCGGAGAUUUUGAUGAAUCAUAUGUCAACAGAGACAUAAUCAUAGAAAAGAAAGUAGGCUCCUUGAAGCGCGUCCAUGAACUACACAAGUCUUACUUGCCUCUUCAAUAUCCCCUCAUCUUCCACUACGGCAAUAACGGAUUCGUACCAAAGACGGAACAUAACGACGCAUCUCUUAUUAGCACAAAGAAGAAAAAGUACCUCACAAUACGGGAGUACCUCGCUUUCAUACUGAUGGACAGAAAUAUAGAGGACUCCGUGUUACUACACUCAAAAAGGUUAUUACAGCAAUUCAUUAUAGACGGCUUUGCAAUGGUCGAGAGUGAGAGGCUUGACUAUAUAAGGAGACACCAGAGAGAGCUCAGGGUUGACCUAUACAAAGGACUCGCUGAUGCAGUCACAAGAGGCGAAACAGAUCCGUCCAACACAGGAAAGAGGAUAAUCCUACCUUCUUCUUUCACUGGAGAGCCCUGUGACAAACCCAAGACAGCUGAGGACGUUGACAGAAUCAUCUCAGCAGAGAUACCAGACAAAGACACAGACCCUGUACUGUACGAGCUCGUCACCAAUUUCAUGAUCCAUGGACCCUGUGGCAGCUCUAAUCAGAAAUCACCUUGCAUGAAGGACGGAAAGUGCUCAAAAUAUGUCGUGCCGUACAACGCUCAACUGUUAUGGCUCUUCCAAGGCCACUUGAAUGUUGAGAAGACAAACCAAUCAAGGGCCAUCAAAUAUUUGUUCAAAUACAUCAGCAAGGGCCAUGACCGUGUCAUCGCAAGGAUCUACCACAACGAUGAGCCCAGCAGCUCACAACGUGAUUUCGAUGAGAUCUCACAUUACCUUAAUUGCCGAUACAUCUCGGCCUGCGAAGGCGCAUGGCGAAUAUUCUCAUUUGACAUUCACCGCAGAUACCCCUCUGUCGAGAGGUUGAGCUUCCAUCUCCCAGAUCAGCAGGCUGUUUUUUACACGGCCAAUGACGAAAUGCCUUCACUGGUUGAAAGGCCCCGGGUGAAGGAGUCAAUGUUUCUCGGAUGGCUCGCCAAGAAUAAAGAAGACUCAUUCGCAAGGACCUUAACAUAUACCGAGUUUCCACAGUAUUACACUUUCAAUAAGCAAAAGAGGGAAUGGAGGAUGCGCCAGAGAGGAUUCUCUGUUAGCAGAUUAGCUCAUGUAUCACCAUCACAAGGUGAGGCUUACUACCUCCAGGUCCUGCUAACUAAGAUGAGAGGGCCUCUCAGCUACAGAGACAUCAGGACAGUAGACAACGUCGUCCAACCAACAUUUAGGGCUGUGUGCUACGCGCUGGGGUUGCUUCAGGAUGAUCAAGAGUACAUCGACGCAGUAAAAGAGGCAGCCUUUUGGGCUACAGGUCAGUACCUCAGGAGAUUCUUCGUCAGCAUGCUCUUAUGCCAUUGCUUGUCUAACCCCAUUUUAGUCUGGGAGCAAACAAAGCAUCUCAUAUGUGAAGACCUUCUGUCACUGGACGACUACCCAUCACUGCCAAAACCAAGCUCUACCGAAUUCUUGGACACAACAAACAAUUUGCUACUCCAGGAACUUAGCCAUGACAAAGAUGCUUGUGCCGCGGAUGCCGCAAGGUUGGUAGCCUCACUGACAAAUGAGCAAAUAAAGAUAUUCCACGAGGUCCUCAAUGCGGUCAGCCGGACAACCGAUGGGUUCUACUUCGUCUACAGUUACGGGGGCACUGGCAAGACCUUUCUCUGGAAUGCCUUGACCGCGGCAGUACGAGCAAAUGGAGAUGUGGUCAUCAACGUCGCAUCGAGCGGAAUAGCAGCGACUCUACUGCCCCCAGGAAGGACUGCUCAUUCGAGAUUCGCAAUCCCCAUUGACAUAAAUGAAGACUCCACAUGUAACAUUAGCCACGGUUCCCCUGUGUCUCACUUACUACGGUCUGCAAAAUUAAUCAUCUGGGAUGAGGCACCAAUGAUAAAACGGCACUGUGUGGAGGCUGUCGAUUGA